AUGUCAGGCAGAUUUUUUAUUUUUUUAUUUUUUAAUUUAUUUUUAUUUUUUUUAAAAAAAAAUAGAGAAUCAUCAGGCGAUCCCAUACUAGAAAACAAAGCAUUUCGGAAAGGUUCUUAUCUCCAUCAUGUUUCUGACCCAGAUGAAAAAAACAUCGCAAUUUUUUCUCAUCUGGAAGCUCAAGAUGAAGAUUACGCUGACGAAGGCAUCCAUUGGGCCAUCAAAGAUUUAAAAGACAAAAUUCAGCUGGGCCAUAUCGUAGGAGGGAACGCCCGAUGUAAAGCUAUGCUAGAAGCUCUCAAAAUUUUCAUCAGAGAAUACGAAUUCCCUAGAAACCGCGCAGCUAAUAGAGAUUUAGAAGACAAAAUUGACCAUUUCAUUAACUAUGUUAAGAAAAGCCGCCCAUUGAGUUUUGGCAUGGAAACUGCAGUCAAAUAUUUGAAGCUCAAAAUCAACAAAAUUCCUCUUGACGCUGAAAACUAUUCAGAUUUUGAGCAGAAAAUCAAAAAAUGACUGGUUGACCAAAUCAAAGCCUUUAUCAGAGACAAAAUUGAGCUGCCUAUUUCUAUAAUUGCAACUAAAGCUUCAGAUAUAAUCAAAGAUCGUGACGUAAUUCUAAUUUACGGCUGCUCUUCAGCUGUUCUUGCAUCUCUUAUUAAAGCAAAAGAAUUAGGACGCAAUUUUAGGGUUAUUUAUUUUUUUAUAAAUAAAACCAUUUUUUUAUUUUUUUUUUAAAAAAAAAUUAAUUCACGUAAAAUUUUAUAUAAUUUCUGAUUCUCGGCCACAUUUUGAAGGGAAAAAAGCCUGUGAUAGGCUAAUUCAAGCAGAAAUCCAAUGCACUUAUAUAUUGAUAUCCAGUAUUUCUUAUCAUAUGGUGGAAGUUACUAGAGUAUUUCUUGGAGCUUCAGGAUUGACUACAAAUGGUUUUUUAUUAAGUAGAGCUGGGACAGCUCUAGUCUGCUGUGUUGCUAACGCAUUCAAAAAGCCAGUCCUCGUAUGUACAGAAACUUAUAAAUUCAGCGAAAAAGUCCAGAUUGAUGCUAUUUGUUACAAUGAAAUAGGAAACAGUGACGAACUUGUGAGUACUCAAUUUUAUCAAGGCGACGUGAGGCUAAAACCUACUCUUGUAGACUGGAAAAACCAGCAAAACUUGAAUAUUUUAAAUCUGAAAUACGAUUUAACCCCUGCUCAUUACAUAGAUAUGCUGGUCACUGAAGUCGGGUGCAUUCCAGUCACAUCAGUACCUGUUGUCCUAAGAGAAUUUUCUUUAGACGCCCAGCAGAGUGACAACAAAGACCCAGAAUUAGAACUGAUGCUAAAUACCCAAGCUGAAAAUAAAGCUCCAGAAUUAAAUACAGUUUAA